AGUGCGGCACACACACUCAGAGUCCGUCACUCUCUCUCUCUCUCUCUCUCUCUUUCUGAGCGCGUCUCGCUCGCUCACACGCCUGGAGCCCAGGAGCGCGCAGGAUUCCGAGCGGCACGGAAAAGUUGUACCGGCUUUUACUUCAGACUAAUUGCUUUGGGAAGUGCGUUUGCUCGGUGAAGCCAACGAGCCUGCGGAAUCCUGUCCUCGAGGCUCAACACCAGGGAACUCGGGCCGCCUCCACGUCCCGGACUAUCCACAGCUUCGGCAACAAUAGCGGCGGCCACCGCCAACGAGGCGCCCAGACCUGGUGCCUGUGGGGUUCUGGAGACCUUAGCCGGCCUCCCACCAUUGGACGCGUGGCCAGCGUGGUUCUUGUGGACAACGCCAGAGUCCUGGAACGGCUCCUCUUGGGGACCGAUCCAAGCUCUAUCUGCAAACUCCAUCCCGCCGACUGGAAGAAGUCACAGCGCGGAUCCAGGGAUUUACAAAGCCGGGGCCGCUCCGGCCAGGGCCGCGAUGCGGGUCGGUCCCGUGCGUUUUGCCCUGAGCGGCGCCUCGCAGCCCCGCGGUCCGGGUCUACUGUUCCCGGCUGCCCGGGGAACCCCGGCCAAGCGCCUGCUGGACACGGACGACCCGGCGGCCGUGGCGGCCAAGUGUCCGCGCCUCUCUGAGUGCUCGAGUCCCCCCGACUACCUCAGUCCCCCUGGCUCGCCCUGCAGCCCUCAGCCUCCGCCCUCCACGCAGGGAACCGGCGGCAGCUGUGUGAGCUCACCCGGGCCCAGCCGAAUCGCUGACUACCUGCUGCUACCCCUAGCUGAGCGCGAGCAUGUGUCCCGGGCACUGUGCAUCCACACCGGCCGCGAGCUGCGCUGCAAGGAGUUCCCCAUUAAACACUACCAGGACAAAAUCAGGCCUUACAUCCAGCUACCGUCCCAUAGCAACAUCACUGGCAUCGUGGAGGUGCUCCUUGGUGAGAGCAAGGCCUACGUCUUCUUCGAGAAGGACUUUGGAGACAUGCACUCCUAUGUGCGGAGCCGGAAACGGCUUCGGGAAGAGGAGGCCGCUCGGCUCUUCAAGCAGAUUGUUUCCGCCGUUGCCCACUGCCACCAGUCGGCCAUCGUGCUGGGGGACCUGAAGCUCAGGAAGUUCGUCUUCUCCACUGAGGAGAGAACCCAGCUUAGACUGGAAAGCCUGGAAGAUACUCACAUCAUCAAGGGUGAAGAUGAUGCGCUGUCAGAUAAACAUGGCUGCCCAGCCUACGUGAGCCCCGAGAUCCUCAACACUACUGGGACCUACUCCGGAAAGGCGGCGGACGUCUGGAGCCUCGGGGUGAUGCUCUAUACGCUUUUGGUCGGACGAUACCCCUUUCAUGACUCAGAUCCGAGUGCCCUUUUUUCCAAAAUCCGCCGUGGACAGUUCUGCAUUCCUGAGCACGUCUCCCCCAAAGCCAGGUGCCUCAUCCGAAGCCUCCUGAGACGAGAACCUUCUGAGAGACUCACAGCUCCUCAGAUCUUACUCCAUCCCUGGUUCGAGUAUGUCCUGGAACCGGGCUAUGUUGACUCUGAAAUAGGAACUUCCGAUCAGAUUGUUCCUGAGUACCAGGAGGACAGUGACAUAAGUUCCUUCUUCUGCUAGUCCCCCCCAAAAAAACCUCAGAAACCUCAUAAUUCUCACACAUGGCAUUUCUAAUGAUGGGCAGGCCCUCUUACAUGGUGCCAGCCAGAUUUGGGGACGGAGCACCAUUGUCCUUGUGAGGCUCAAUGUGGUGUCACCUCUCUGGGCUGAGUGACUUGAUUUGACCAGCAUGCACUCAGAUUAGCUGCUCGACAGAGGUGUCCCCUUUUCGAUGAACCAUCAUGACUAUUCCAGUGUCGGAUGCAAGGGUGCCACGGGCUCUGAAGCCAACGCGCAUCCCACGCGGUCAGGUGUAGUAGUGAACUUGAACAUUUGAAUGGGAAGGAAGCACUUCGCACAGUGGCAUUUGAACAAGGUGGCAAUCGGUUGGAGUAACAAACUCCCCUUGCUGCUGCAGUUUCUCCUACCAGAAGUUUUUCUUUUCUUUUUUUAACCCUUACUCUCCCUGCAGACUCACCCAUGACUCUGUUCCGGCAUUGGAAUAGAUGGAGUGAGAAACCCUGCCUGAACCCAGACUCUUCCCCCAGAGCCAAGACCUCCUAUGCAAUAAUGCCCCCCACAACCCCACCUUGGGACCUAUCCCCUGCAGCUAUGAAAGCAGUCACCAGCUAAUUGUGGAAAAGUAUCAGGAGAUUCAAAUUCUUGGCUGUUUCAGAACUCUUGAGCUCAGUCAGGCAGCGAUGUUUUUAAAGAAAUUAAUUUGAUCAUGUGGAAUCUGUUAGCUCUUAAGGCUCUCCUCGAAUAUGGCAGCAUUUGGCCAGCACUCCCUACGCCCACCGUUAGGACCAUCUCUGGGUGGAACAUUUUGUGUGUGCAGACAAGGGUGAGGAGACUCGCCAGCCUGCUCUCUCAGGAGCACGUGUGAACCGUCUUCGUGCUUCAGAGAAAGUGAGUUUGAGACAGUCUUGCAAGAUUCUCAGACAAAAGGAAACCGGACGCCAACCUCCCACGGGUUUACUGUGCCUCUGGCAUCCAGGGUCUUCAGUUUCCCGUGCUUGGCUCUUUGGGGUUCACGUGUCAUGUUGUUGAUGACCCUAUCUGUGAAGCCGGCUCUGGAGUGACAGAGAGAACCUCAAAAAUGUAGCUGGAAAGGACUUUAAAACUCUGCAUCCGAUGCAGAGUCUCGCCCCUAGCUGCCUACCCGAGAUCCCUUGCUUCAAUCUCCCCAGGUGGGGGACCUGGCCUCUGCCUAAAUGCUUCUGGAGACGGAAACAUAUUCCCUACAGGGAAUGAAGCUUCUCAGAGAAACUGCCGAAAGUUGCAUUAAAAAAAAAAAAAGUACAGAAGAAAUAGUUGCCACUGUCUAGGACAGUGCUGAAGUCAGGUGGUUAAACGGGUAACAGAAAUACUGUAUUGUGAGAAAUGACACAACAGAAGCCGGCAGGCAUCUUUAAGGGCUAUGCCUAGGGAGACUACUAACAUGGAGACAAUGCCGUGUAUACCUCACGUACUGUGUGCUUUAUAUUUGUAUAUACAUUUUACCUUUUAUACAGAUGUCCGAUUGUUGUCAUUUGGCUCUGCAGCUUGUUUUGUCGUCUGUGUCUGUCUGAGGAACCUGUGUGUCCAGAGCCAUGUGAAAUGUGAAUGAUUGUUGGCAAUAUAAUCUUGAGAGGCUGGUGGGACUUGGGGAAGGAGCAGGGACAGGCCUCUGUUGGUAUCACCCAGCUCCUGUGUAUCUGUGAUACAUUCCCUGGCUGAGGACUCGGGGCUGGCCUGGGCAUUCGCCCGGACUGCUGGAAACACUAGGUCUCCUGUGCGUGUGUGGAAAGGUAAUAGUGGCACAACGUUGCUAACUUGUAGAGAACUUUUAAUAAAUAUGGUUUCGUAAAGAAA